CCCCCUCCUUUUUUUUUUUUUCUUUCUUUUUUUUUUGUUGAAAAGGGAAUUCGAAUUGUAAGAGGAAAAGGAACACUUUCAACGAAGAUCCAUUUCAUUUUUUUAAGAUUCUGCUCCCUUAUGGUUCAUUAAGACGUGGUGAUAAUUCUUGUAGCACGAGUAUGGACGCUGAAAAACCCCAUUAUGGACUUGUAAUAUCGAAACUGCUAAAGUUUCUUAUCCCUUUCAUCCUUGCUUUUAUAGUAAUAUUUGGUCUCUUUAAAAAUUAUGGACUAAAUACUUUGCAUAUUAUUCAAUCUCGUCUCCAGGAAAAGCCAUUUAUUUAUGAAGAAUGGGGAGAAAAUGCAUUUUCGUACGCUACCGACCGCGAUGUAGAUCCUUACCGAAAAGUUAUUUGCGUAAAUGAGGUAGACAAAAAGGGAAAAUGCGAGCAGCUUCAUUUUCAUCAUGCUAUUGCUGGGUCUGAUUUUCUCAAUACUCACGGCCAUGCGCCGAUGGAUAAGGUCGUAGAAAAGUGGAAUCGUAAAAUCCCUAGAAUCAUCCAUACGUUUACUACGGAAUCCAAUACGUACUCGUCCCAGUUUACGGAAUUUGAAGUCGACAUCCGCUACAGACAUCCUGACUGGGACUACGUUAAGUGGUCUGAAGAAGAUCUGGAAAGAUUAAUCAGUAAGAACUUCCCUUCUUUUGUACAUUCAUGGAAAAUGUUCAAUCGUCCGGCAAGAGCACAAUGGGCAACAUUAAUAGGCCUUUACGAGUAUGGAGGUCUUUGGAUUUCUCGUUCCUUCCAGAUCUUGAAAAAUUUUGAUCAUGCGCUUCAAGUUGCUGAAAGGUCUGCUUCGCUUAAUUCUAAACACUACUUUAAUCCAUACAUGAUGGAGUACCACCCUUUAUUCUUGGCUUCUAAACCUUUAAAAUAUGACUUUUUUAUGGCUUCUCCGAGGCAUCCAUUUGUUUUAUCGCUAAUUAAAGAGCUCUAUGAAUCAAAUGUCCCAGAAUCACUAAUGAAUAGACGUCCUCUUCGCGGAUAUUCAGAGUUUUCAGACUUUAUGACAUUGAACGCCACUAAAAUGUAUAAUGAGACCUUUACCAUUAAAGAGUUUUAUCUUAAAGAAAAGAAGGUUCAUGUAAUGUUGAACCCACAUAUCAUCAGUCUGCCUGAUUAUGCUUUUGCUACCAGUUGGUCUCAUCAUUCAGAUGCAGAAUCGUCAGAUAUUUGCUUCCUUGACAGCGUUAUGUUUGAUCCUCAGUCUUGUGUGGAUAAUGCUUUAAAUUUAAAGGGAAAUGAAUGGGGCAUUCUCUGGUUACCAGUUUACGAUCUUUUAGGAAUGUAAAUAGUCUUUCUUGUGAAAGCUUUUAUUUAUUUAUUGUCAUUUUUAAUUUCAACAUUCUUUAUCAAUUUUUUUCUUUUUUAAUUUUAUUUGCCUCUUACAUGUGCUUUUUCUUCUCUCUUAUAGGGUUCGAUUCCUAUAUUUUUGUUUUUGUUCGGAAUUUUAUUUACUUUCAUAUAUUAACUUUAUCUUAAUCCCUGACUUAGGGUUUCAUUUCUUUGCAUUUAUCAAUACAUUUGUUACUGUAAGCUGA